AUGGAACUCUCGUUCAGAACACAAUUCGCAUUUCCGGGUGGAAAAUUAGAAUAUGUAGAUGAUGAUCACGCCGUAUACAUUCAUGGCAAUGGCAUCGCGAUUUUAGAUAUGUCAUGCGGCACUUACGACUUUGUGACGAACGUGCUCGAUUGUCGCCUUGGAAUUUCAGCUUUCACCACUCACGUUCAAAAGAAUUUGAUUGCAAUAGCACCGCGGUCGACUAAGGCAAAGAUUCACGUGCUACAUUAUCCCGAAAAAGAGUCCAAAUCAAUUUUGAAACAUGGAACCGAUCUAGAAUAUGAAACUCUCGCCAUUUCACAAAGCGCGGAAUUUCUAUGUGGACUUUCAGGGCCAUUUGAUCACCACUUAUAUUUGUGGUCUCUGACUCGGUCAGAACUGAUCGCCACGACACUCGUCAACGUGAGGAAGGAAUCACCUUUCAACCUUCAUGCUUGCUCAUUUAAUCCUAGGAACCACUCAAUGAUCUGCACAGUUGGAAGUCACGGGCUUUCUUUUUGGAAGGUCGAAGCCAUGGCCAGCGAGUAUAACAUCAGAAAAUUGGACGCUACACUCGUCUCCCAUUCCACUGUCGAAACUGAUGUGCUCACGCCCUGCCACAAGAACCUACCACAAGAAGAAAAGGAAAGUGAUGAUUCUCAGUUAGAAAAACACAGACCGAUGAAUUCAUACAAUUGCCAGUGCUGGGCUGACGACGAUCUGAUACUUGCCGUGAAUCGGAUUAACGAUCUAAUGGAAUUUGAUGCAAACAGUGGCCGCCUUGUUCGUCUGUUUGCUUUGCCUGGAGUGGAACCUGAUUCUUGUUGCGUGUUUGUAACCCUCCUGAGAGACCACGUCUUAUUAGCCUUUUCAGAUGGCAUUGCACUAGGGGUAAAUGCGAACAAGCUUGAUGCGUUGGACUUCAGACUCACCAUGAGUCAAUCCGUGAAGUUCUCACACUGUAACUUGACCCCGUGCUGUGAUCAGCUUGUGAUGACUGCACCUGGAAAGAUUUCUUUCUUAUCAUUGGGUGAUACUGAGGAGCUUGACUGUAAGCAAGCUCCGAGCUCCCGGCUUCUUGACUUCCACACCGGCCCUGUGUUGGCAUUGGGCUCGCAGCUGGUAUCCCUUGAUCAAACCCGCCCGGUUCUGUUGACAUCCGGCCUGGAUGGUUGUUUAAAAGUAUGGAGUGACACGGGCGGGGUGUUGUGCAGACACACGUUCCGCCAGGCUACAGAAGCGGCUUCUGAUAAGUCAACCCUUGAAUCCUCUCAAGUUGGCAGCGGACCAGGGCCUGCGAUUGCAAUCACCUCACUUGCGACAGCGCCUCAUGAUUCCAUGGCUUUAAUUGGUACCGCAGUUGGUAGCCUACAUCUUUUGUAUCUAAUCAGUGAAUCUCAAAGCGGAGGACCUGAUACCGUCGGACUUGCUUCGCUUGGCAAUCUACAGUUGAGUCAUAGUCCAACAAGCGGUAUCAUCUUCCAUCCCAACAGGGACCUGAUUGCCGCUGCUUGUAAAUCAGAACUACACAUAAUUGAACUAUCUCAUAAGAGCAGCAACCCACUUUCGCUCUUGGCUUCAACGACUAAUGAUGAAGCCAACUCCAGCUUAUUGUGGCACGAUGAUCUUCUUCUCGUCGCAUGCAUAGAUUCAACCGUGAGUUGUUUCUGCAUGUCUGAUGAAGGGCAACUUGAUGAAAACAACCUGCAUCUACUUAAAAAAAUGUGGUCUUCCAAGAUCGGCACGCCGUUGACGGCAAUGCUUGUAUUAGAAAGUUGGUGCUCAAAUGGGGAUGUGUUCGUUUGUGGGGCAAGCCCGUCUUCCUGUCAGCUCUUGCUACUCUCGCUACCUGAUCUGGGCGGGGACACUAAACUUACAUCAGCAAAAAUUGGAGUAGUUCACAAGCAUGGCUUCACAUGUUUGAAGACAUCUCCAUGCGGCACAUAUCUGGCCGCAGGGAGCGCCGACGGACGGUUGAUCUUGUUACAAGUUCCAACGGAAAGCGGCGCAGAAUUUGUGGCCCUGACUUCAAUGGACUUGCACGUGGGCCCAAUUGUGUGUGUCGAUUUUUCCAGGGAUGUGGCUGCUCUGUAUUCGAGUGGACUCGAUGGGUCUGUGUUUAGUUUGACUAUUCCAAUUCAGGGCACAAGUUCCCAGCUGACUCAGCGCACGAGAUUCCAACAGCUUGCCGAGAAGCUGUGUCAUAUUCCUAUUCGAGCGAUACCCAUCCUUCGAACAACUUGGCAUGAAACCCACCAAAAGAAAGUCAAAGAGUCGGCCAUGUUAGAAGCGGAAGCCCACAAAGCAGUCCAACGUAAUGUCCUAGCAGACCUCCGUCGUCGGCUCCAGGAGCUUCUGGCCAAGAAUGAAGUCUGUUCAGAUAUAGAAAAAUUACAACGUGAGGACUUUGUUGUCGAUUUAGUUGGACGUGAAAAGAUUUUAGUCGCAAGCAGAGAAAGAGCAGGAGAGCUCGAAGCAAAGUUGAAGGAUGAGGACACAGCACGGAGCGCUAUAUCGUCGAGGAUUCGCUCGGAUUGCUGGGACUCUAUGGAGGUACAAGCGACAGAGUGCCGAGCAUUUCAGCGUGCGAACAUGCUCGUGUCUAACUUUCCACUAAAACGUCGGACGCUGGCUGAAACGCGCCGCAUCGAGUGCAUCCGUGUUCUGCGGAAACUUGAAUUGCGAGACAUAGCAUUAUCAGGCAAUACCAACCCUACUUGGCCGCGAAACUUCGGCAUCAUUCCUACAGAAAUAUCUUGGAUUUUGAACCAGGGUGAAUUGCGCCCAGUUUUAGAUGUGGUUGAAAAAUCUAGCAUCAAUGAUAUUGCAUCGCCACAAACUGAAGCUGGUCGUGUAGAUUUGAACAUCCCGCUACGGGAUGUUACCGAAGGUCCAGAUGAUGAGGAAGAAGAAGAUGGUGACAUUCAAGUCCGAGAGGAGGAGGCAUUGGACAUAAACUCGUUAUUGACUCAGCUCUAUCCACCGCUUGCGCUCGAGACGUCGACUCAAAGGAGAGCGCAGCAAGCACUUUUGAGCGACCUUGUCUAUCACAUGCAAGUGAGCUUUAACUCUCGCUUUCAACUUCUUUAUGACGACAAACGCAAUGAGAUGGAUAGAAUAGGCGAGAAAAAUACGCGUGUUGGUGAGAUUCUGGGUGAACUCGGUUCCAAAGAAGAUUAUUUCAAGCCGGUGUUUGCGGAACCCGACGAAACACCUGAUGUUGUGAUUCAGGUCAUGGAUUCUGAGCUUAGUUGCACUCCUCCAGAUUCUGAUGCCGUUCGUAUCAUGCGCCAAAAAGCAGAAGAGCAGCGCGAGCGGUUGUUGGGUACUGGUGACAAUGCUGGCGAACGAGCUCUGCAAGAUAUGAUGUAUGGCACACUUGAGACCAAAAAAGAUGCGGACUUAUUCCAGACAGAGCUCAAACCGCCGAGCUGGUUCCAUGAGUUUGAAACCAUGGAGCUAACAGAUUCUCAAAAAAAAGAAUUAGAUGAAUAUAAUUCUGCCAAGGCUAUCCUCGAAGAACACCAAGAAAAAUACCGAAAGGCACUAGAACUCGAAUUCAAGAAGCUUCGCACGGAAGUUGGUGACAUAACUCGCAAUUUUGAUGAUCGGGUUAGACAAUUGUCUGAUCAGCGCGUGACAGUCAUGAACGCGGUGAUGACGCAGGAGUUGUACUCUAUCCGGAUAGGUGUCGGUAUGCUGGAGCAUGAGGCUGAUGUAUUGUCGUUUACCGAGAUGAACUCAUCAAGAGCAACGGUGGAAGAGGAGAACACAUCAUUUCAAAAUCUGGUGAGCCGAACAGGCAGUCUGGUUGAUGCCGCAGCUGAAAGAGUUGAGAUCAUUCAGAACGAAGACAAGCUUCUCGAGCGCAACUUCAAACGUGAUCUUCAACUCGAGCAUCAGCCUGACCAGGAAAGUUUCAAAAUAAUAUUAGCAUACUACCGAGAUCGGCACGUCGAUCCGCAUGCGGGUGCGAAUAUCAGCGUGUCAGGGGCGCCGGGUAUGAAACCCACUGCAAACUCAGCGAAUGUCCACGAUGUCGAUGAUGCCGCCAUGCCUGAAUUGCCCGAGAGCUUCAAGCUAGAUGAGUCAACCUGGAGUACACUGGAGGCAUUACGAAAGAGCAAAAUUACGAAAGAGAAAAUGCUUAGCAGCGCCAUUGACGAGCACAGCUUAUUGAAAAUGAAAUACGAAGAGUCAUUGGAGAUGCUCAAUAGUAGCUCUGCCGACCUGGCCGGCCUCAAAGCGAGACAAAUAUCUCUCAAAUCAAAGUUAGAAGUGUCUGAGCAGAAUACUGAAAUCUUGGUCCGAGUGAGACAAGGCCAAGAUGAGUUAGAACAGGAAGCUGUUGUCACGGAAUAUUGCGAUGCAGUCUUGCUACCGGCACGGCUCCAGACAGAAGAAAUCGACUUCUUAAGACAAGAGCUAGAUAGAUUGCGACAAAGGACAUUCCCAUCUUUUGCCCAUGCCACGAGAGACCGGCUUUUGUCGCUCCCGGACGACUCUUUCUGAUACGUUAGUUGCUCGAUCUCUCCAAUGACACUACCAUUCUAAAAAAUAAUAAUAAUCGCAGUGUUUGUCAAGCCCACGACCAGCGCAUAAUCCAUCAUGAGCGAAGAAACCAAAGCCAACCACGUCGUUUAUUUCCCGGGGUCACAUCUGUCAAUCCGCAAUCAGCCGAGUCCCCCGUUGAUCGAGCGAUCCCAGCGGCCAGUACAGCGCCUGAAUACCAAAUAGAAUAUCGAAUGGCGAUACAAUACAAGGAUACAAAAGAAAAAGAAUAUACCGUGUUAGAAUCCGAAUAUGCUAGCAUUCAACACAGCAUAGCAUAGUCAGCAUAAGGCAGACUCAGUAUAGCCAGCAUAGCGCAGUAGCCACGUCCUAGUGCAUAUAAGUAGCUCGGACGU